CCAAACAAACAAACAAACAAAUAUUCUCAGUCUGGUCUUCUGGUAAACCAUCCACGUCACAUACUAUUUCAUCUCUCUCUCUCUCUCAAUUCUCUGCAUCAUCCAUGGAGACGGAGAAUAGCGCCGGUUUCAGAUACCUCGGCCACACUUUCAGCAACCUGAGUCUCAACGAUCACUCCUCCUCCGCCUUCAGUGACUGUAACAGCGACAGAUCCGGCGAAUUCCCCACCGCAUCUCCCCUCAGCCGACGCCUCCUCCUCUCCUCCGCCACCGACAACUCCGACGAUCUCAUCCCUCACCUCGUCGUCCUCCUCCUCUCCUCCUCCAUCGAGGACCAGAAGCAAGCCGCGAUGGAGAUCAGGCUCCUCUCCAAGCACAAACCUGAGAACCGCAUCAAAAUCGCCAAAGCAGGCGCCAUCAAGCCCCUCGUGUCUCUAAUCUCCUCCUCCGAUCCUCAGCUCCAGGAGUACGGCGUCACUGCCAUCCUCAACCUCUCCCUCUGCGACGAGAACAAAGACCUCAUCUCUUCCUCCGGCGCCAUCAAGCCUCUCGUGAGGGCCUUGAAGACGGGAACUCCCACGGCCAAGGAGAACGCCGCCUGCGCUCUCCUCCGUCUCUCGCAGACGGAAGAGAACAAAGCCGCGAUCGGGAGAUCGGGAGCGAUCCCUCUCCUCGUGAGCCUUCUCGAGACGGGAGGGUUCAGGGCGAAGAAGGACGCGUCGACGGCUCUCUACUCGCUCUGCUCCGCCAAAGAGAACAAGAUCAGGGCCGUGGAGUGUGGGAUCAUGAAGCCGUUGGUGGAGCUGAUGGCGGAUUUCGGAUCCAACAUGGUCGACAAGUCGGCGUUCGUGAUGAGUCUGCUGAUGUCGGUGCCGGAGUCGAAGGCGGCGGUUGUGGAGGAAGGAGGGGUUCCGGUGCUGGUGGAGAUAGUUGAGGAUGGGACGCAGAGGCAGAAGGAGAUGGCUGUGGCGAUACUGCUUCAGAUUUGCGAGGAGAGCGUGGUGUAUCGAACCAUGGUCGCGAGGGAAGGAGCCAUUCCUCCGCUUGUGGCGCUCACUCAGGCGGGAACAACCAGUCGAGCUAAGCACAAGGCGGAGGCCUUGAUUGAGCUAUUAAGGCAACCUAGAUCAUCUUAUUAGUAACCCCACUCCAACGGUGGAUGUGAUGAUUGAUCGUCGGAGCUUGUGAGUUUUUUUUUCUUUUUUUCUUUUUACUUUGUACAAACAAAACAACCGCAAAUGGGAAAUGAAUAAAAUAACUGUAAAUUAGUGCUUGUUUUCCCUCUGUAAUUUUAUCUUCUUGAGAUUGUUUGUUUUUGUGAUCCAGUUGAUAAAUAUCGGUUUUUAAUU